UAACCAACCAAGAGAACAAACCAAAUUAACCAUGAUGAACUCCACAACCACAACACCUGCAAACCUUCACAUCCUCUUCUUCCCAUUCAUGGCACCAGGGCACAUGAACCCCAUGGUGGACAUGGCCAACCUCUUCUCUUUCCAUGGAGUAACAACCACUGUACUCACCACCCCAGCCAACGUUCCCUUGAUCUCCAUCCACCCACCAACCAAACUUAAAGUCAUCCCUUUCCCCUCUUCCAACGUAGGCCUUCCCAGUGGCUGUGAGAACGUCACCUCCCUCAUGUCCAUGUCCAUGCACGCCACCUUCAUGCAAGCAGUGGCCAUGCUCCGCCAACCCCUAGACCAAGUCCUCCAAGAACUCUGCCCAGACGCCAUCGUCUCUGACUCUUUCAUGCCCUGGACUUUCCAUGCAGCUUCAGAGUUUGGUAUUCCAAGGCUUGUGUUCCAUGGAACUAGUUUUUUCUCUCUCUCUGCUUCAGAUAUUGUAGAUAACUUGAAUCCUCAUGAUAAACAUGAGGAGUCUUUUACGUUGCAUGGUUUCCCUCAUGAAAUCCAGCUUUUCAAGUCACAAAUCCCGGAUUUGAAGAAAUCUAACCCUGCUUUGCUUGCUACUAUAAAAGAGGUUAAGGAGUUGGACAAGAAGAGCUAUGGUGUGUUGGUGAAUAGUUUUUAUGAGCUUGAACCAGAGUGUGCUGAUUACUACCGUGAAGUUAUAGGAAGGAGAGCUUGGCAUGUUGGACCAGUGUCUUUGUGUGUUAGUGAUCAAGCUAGGAUGAAUCAUGAUCAUUACUGUUUGAAGUGGCUUGACAAGAAGAAGCUAAACUCAGUUUUGUAUGUUUGUUUUGGUAGUUUGUGUAGGCUCAGUGGAACUCAGCUGAAGGAGAUAGCACUGGCUCUAGAGUCUGCAAAUCAGGAGUUCAUUUGGGUGGUGAGGAAAAUGGAAGAAGAUGAGGAAGAGUGGUUGCCAGAAGGAUAUGAGAAGAGGAUGGAAGAUAAGGGGUUGAUUAUAAGAGGAUGGGUUCCUCAAGUUCUUAUAUUGAAUCAUGAAGCAUUAGGAGGGUUCUUGACACAUUGUGGAUGGAACUCAACUUUAGAAGCAGUGAGUGCUGGAGUGAGGAUGAUAACUUGGCCAAUGUAUGCAGAGCAGUUUUAUAAUGAGAAAUUAGUGGUUGAUGUGUUGAAGAUUGGAGUUAGUGUGGAUGUCAAGCAGUAUGGAAAGGGUCAAGAUUUUGCUGAAAGUUUGGGGAUUAUGGGAGUGGUUGGGAAAGGGGAGAUAGAGAAGGCAGUGCUUAAGGUGAUGAGUGGGGGAGAAGAAGCUGAGGAGAUGAGGAGGAGAGUGAUGAAGUUGAAAGAGAUGGCAAGGCUGGCUGUGGAAAUGGGUGGUUCUUCUUAUCAGGAUGCUGAGAGGCUUAUUCAGGAGUUGCUUGGCAAGAGGCCAACAACUAGUGUUGUUGACACUUUAAUCUAGAACUUGUUUAAAUCUUUUAUUUUAUCUUAUUUUAUUUACUAUUUAUCAUUUGUAAUUUUGUUUUAUUUAUGUAAAGUUCAGAGAUAUUUAAAUAAAAAAAA